AUGGUACGCUCUCAUCGUGCGAGCCUUGCCGACGCUCAAAAAUACGCUGCGAUCAUGGUCGGCCAAGUUGUUCACGCUGCCUACGUCGCAAGAUUGCUCGACAGUGCUACUACCAUCCCUCGCCGACGAGACAGCACAAGGCAGAGAAGCCGACCCCUCCCCAAAUAUCCUGGUAAGGAUUCCCUGGCUUUGACGAGUACACCUGUCUCUGUCUCGACCGCUGGCGAUCUCCCUUUCGAGACCACAAACUCCCCGGUGGGUGAGUAUAAUCGCAGCACAGGACUAUCGACCAUGGAAGAAUUGUUGGUGCCUUCUAUGACAUCCCAUCAUGAGGAUGAUGCGCUGUUGCACAAGUCAUCGCCGCACCUUACCCGGACUGGCAUUUCGGCGCCCGCGCGGUCAUACCCAGUGACACCUGGGCUCCUUGCUAAAGGUGUGGAAGUGCUCCAGUUCCUCCUAGACGUGGAUCUUUCCCCUCUUGGUCUACGUGAGACCCUGGAGGAGGAGGUUUCGCCAUGGGGUGGGCCGCUUGCCAGAGCGGCAUGGCGUGCAGCGCAAAAUACUAUGCAGGAGCUUUCGGCAGGCUCCCCUGUAGAUCAACUGACUGGUAUGGCGCUGGUGCUUUUCGACGAGACGGCCAGGCCACUGCAUCUACCGGUCUCCGCUGCGAAUGAUGCACUUGUGAAAGCUCUUUCCGGUGAGCGCUUACGCUGGGAGACGAUUGGAUUGUGCUGCGCGCACAUUGGUAGUUGUAUUGCCAGGGGGUUGGUGAGGCUAAGAACAGAACAGGCUAUGAACUCAAAUUCUCAUCCGCGCUCAGCCCAUCACAGUCGCCUGCAUAUGGAUACAGACGCCAGGGCCCCCGCCAUGCUCAGAGCCCUCUACGCUAGCACCCAGUGUCGGACAUUCUGUAGCGAAAUUGAGCAAGUCAACGAUCUGGUUCUGUGGCUGUUGACGAUGACAUCUAGCUUCAGUACCUGGUGCUGUGGCGACGACUCCUCUCGUUCUUGGUGGCUGAUGGGCGACUUGGCCUCGACCAUAACAGCUAUGGGCCUGCAUAGAGGCUUCAACGAUGUGGAGUCAGCCAAUAUCCCCUCAUAUUUGCAGGAACUCCGCAAGCGGGCAGUAUCUUUGGCCCACGAGCUUGAUAAGGGAUUGGCAACUUUCGUCGGUCGACCGCCGCGGCUCCAUCGGCAAUAUUUCACACUUGAUCUACCGCUGGACAUGUCCGAUAAUCUUGUCAUGGGCCCCGUGGAGGAAUUUGAAGCUGCGAAAGCAGAAUUACUUGAUGAAAAGGGGUGGAGCCGCGAUGAGGUAUCGGUGCACACAGCCUCACGACAUCGAUCUCUUUGGCUGCUGAGCAUAAUUCGCGAAGAGGUACUGGAGCUACUUCUUGGCCCGUCGGUCCCUGAAUCCGUUUCCCAGGCAAGAGAAAUUCUUCAGCGUGCGUCCACUGUCUGGGAUUCGAUUCCCUCAAGAUAUUACGAUGCAUCCAUGCGAGACAGCCUGCCGUUGAGGACUCUUUGGCAUACCAUUGGCCCUAAAAUGGAAUACCGCUAUUCCCAGUUCCUCCUGCAUAAGCUACUCAUUGGCCAGAGCGAAGGCAAUCGCGACUUGAUGAUCCAGACUUCCCAUGAAGUCCUAGAUUUAGCGUUAAGCCUUUUGAAAAAGUCAGACGCAUUCGCCCGAGAGAGAUUGGAUCUCGAAUUCAUGGUGACGUUUUACGCCAUGCCUUGCGCGAACGUUCUCAUUAUGGAAUUGCUACGGCAGAGUGGCCAGCCGCAACAGUCGCUAACACUUAAUCGUUCGGCCGCAAUCCAGAACAUCAGUGCCCUUAUCUCAUACUGCGACUCCCUUGUUGUCUUGGGCCAAAGCAAUUUUCGACUCUGCAAGCAAGCCCAAACUACAUUCUCGCGAUGUCUCGAUCAAAUACUAGCUGCGCCUACGCCUUCUUGCCAGGAAACCAUGAGUUGGCCUGGGCGGCCGGAAAUGCAAGAUCUCAUCUCUCUGGCCUCUAUGGACUUUGGAAUGAAAAAUUUGUAUCCACAAGAUCCUGAGUGGUCUGCUUGGCUAGAGACUUUUAAUUGA